AUGAAAAUUCCUAUUAAAUCUGAUUUAGAUGUUGAACUGAGUAAAUUUUUGUAUCAAUACAGAAACACUCCUCAUACAACCACAAAAGAAAAUCCUACUAAAAUCCUAUUAGGCAAAUCAGUGAGAUUUAUUUUUGACCUUCUUAAACCACAAACUGACGACAUAGUUCAAAGCAAACAAAUGACUCAAAUUCAAAAUAGUGGAAAGAGAGAUAUUACUUAUGAGUUAAAUGAAAAAGUAUUUGUGAGGGAUUAUAGAUCUCCAAGUCCUAAGUGGAAAUCAGCUGUUGUAACAAAAGUAUUAGGUACUAGAAACUAUCAGGUCACCAUAGAUGAUGAAAAUCUCAUUUUGAAGCGUCAUGUAGAUCAAAUGUUAAAAAAUAAAGAAUCCAAUCAUAAACAAAUUUCCAAUACCUAA